AGCAUGUCCACGUGGGGCCCCAGACCAUAACCUCAAUCUACUCCAAGUGAUGUCAAAAGUGUUUUUCCGCCAGAUUCUCAAGAUCUAGCAUUUUUCGUGAUUAUUACUCCAUCAAUUAUCGGCAAAACAAGAAUGGGGACUCCGAAAAAUGCUAAAAACUUGAAAACCCCGCUCUCCACCAUAAAAAAAGGUCUAGUGAAAGGAUUGAGAAAUAUAUUGGCUCAUCCCCACGAAUUCUGCUGGCCUGUUGUGAGAGACGAGAGAGGAGAGGACUUGAAGAAUAUAUUAAACGAAUCGUUGCCGAAUAGAACCGGUCAUCCACGAGAAAUAUCUUGGGCUCAACUAAGAAAAAUGUCGAAGGAAGAACGUGCAGCCUUGAAGAAAGAGAUGAAAUCGAAGAAAAUGGAAAAUAAAGAGGAUGAAAUCAAUAAUAAGAUGUGCCUGGGGGUUAAUGCAGUCACUCGAGCACUCGAGAGAGACUCCCUGGCCUCUGUCCUGGUAGAUUCCAACGUGGAGCCUCUGAUCAUGAUCAAACACGUGGUCACAAUGUGUCAGAAUAAAAAUCUACCAGUGAUUCUGGUCCCAUUCCUGAAGAGUUCUACUUCCCAGAGACUUGGAUUUGCUUCUGCAGCUCUAGGAUUGAGGAAAUCAUGGAUUGAAGACAGAACUUCAGACUUUUAUAAAUUACACGCGAAUAUAUCGAGUUUGGCUGAGGAAUUACCGAAAACCAAAAAUCCAAUGCAAUUAUUUGAUGAUGAUGAUGAUGAUGAUGAUGAAGAAAAAAUUCCAUUGGAGACUAAAAAUCAGCCGACCGCGAUUUUUAAAUUGUCCACAAGUGUUUAUCUGCACAGAAAAUCUGUUAAUGAACGGGCUUUCGUACCCCCAGAGCCCCAAAAGCCUCCGAAGAAUCCAGAAAAAGUAUCUGACGAAUUCAUAUCUCUGGGAGACGAUGUAGACAUGGAAGAGUUCAACGAGAAAGCCGCGGAGAUCAGCAAAAGGGAGAGAUACAUUGAUAUUCAUGAACCAAAACCGAAGAAGUUGAAGAAAAAUCCUGGGAGAUUUGAAAACGAGAUGAAAAGUCAUAAGAGUAAAGAUGCAAUUAAGAGGGAUGAGACGAUUUAUUGUCCAUUGAAAGUGAAGAGAGUCCAGGGGAAUUCUCAACGUUUGAAGGCGACUAAAACUCCAAAAAUGAAGAAGAAAUCGAGUGCUGGAAAGAAGUGAAACUUGAAAUCUAGUUAAUUCAUAGCUCUGAUUUAAUUUCGUACAGAUUAUUUCGUGGAUAUAAAAAAAAUAAUGGCUUUGAAGAAACAUUUUGAUGGAAUUCUCUUCAAAAAUGGUCUUUUGAAUCUCUUCCAACAGUAGUUUAAAUGAAUACUUUGAAUGAAUAAAUAUCCUCUUCCUCCCUUUUAGAAGCGUGCAUUAAGAAAUAAAUAAAUGGAACGAAGGAUGUCUGUAUCUUUUCUUAUUGUUCGGAUUGAACAGCUGAUUCCUGUCAAACUAAAUAAACAGCCACAUUUAUUCAAUUAAACAGCUCGUCUUCUAGUAACAAUAAAAAUAAGUUUUAAUAAUCCUCUUUUAAAAAAAGAAUGUAACGUUUUUUGUCAGCAAUCUAUUCCGCUAUGAAUAAGUUAGGAAUAAUUCCUUAAACUCAAAUACCAUACUUGUUUUAUAUACUUAUUAUGUAUGUAUGUCUAUGUAUUUGUUACAUUUAUGAUUUUUAUUACAUACAUACAUGGAAUGUACGCAUGUGGUUGCUUGGAUGAUAAAGUUUUUGUGUUGGGGUUUGUGUAUGUGUUGGUGUUUUUUGAAAUGAAGAAAUGAUAUGCGCACAGCUAAAAAUGGUGCCAAACGUUUUGGAAAAAGUUUGGUCGGUUUUGAGGUCCCUAGGGCAUAGGGACUAUGGGUGAGGCUGAAAUUUGAUUAAAAAAUUAAAUAUUUCCAAUGGAUUUCCAACAAAUAAUAAGGAAAAUUGAUCGAGUAACUUGAAAUUUCAUGCCAUAUCAAUUCACAAUACAAUCCUUUAAGCUAUAUAAUAAAACAUGAAAACAAUAGGAUAUGAUCCGUCAUAUCGUUCCCUACAUCCUAUUGUGACGUAUUGUAAUUAAUACGUCGGUUAUUUGUUUAAUACAAUGUGACGUAUUAUGAAUAAUAUGUUACAUUAAAUUUAUAAUGUGGGACGAUGAGAAAAGAAAUAUGA